AUGACUACGAAUACGCCUCCCAGUAAGCGCGCAAGGAUGCGACGCGGCCACACCGUCCCUGAGGCGCGUUCGCUCAACUCUACGAUGCUACGACACCCAGGCACAUCACUCUUCAUCCUGCCCAUCUGCUGGACACCAUUGCAUUCGCAGCUGCUGGGCGUCAGCUUCUCUCAACAACCAGACCAACGCACUCCCAUGCCUGCAAACACUUCGUCUCCACGCAGAUCGCGGCGUAUCCCGCCAACUGUUCUCAAGAUCCAACGCGAUCUGAAUGCGCUUCUGACAGUGGAAGAGAUGCGACCGCUGCCUCUCACUAAGACGCGCGCCCUCAAGGACAUCCUCUCGACCUUGUUCCCUUCACAUCUGUCCCGGCCAAAGACGUCUGCCGAUCUCGACAUGCGCUUUGGAAGUCGGUGCUAUGCAAAGGCUGUUAGGGCGCAGGCCAUCUGGAAACAUCCGGAUUCGGGAUCUUCGUCGUUCGACUCGGCUGCCACGUGCUCUAAUAGAUCCGCCAGCCAGCUCUUGGCGUCGAUGAGCGUCAAUAGCUUCAGUAGCCCUACGCAAGAUCAUCCUGUGCUGGCUUAUAUAAGUCGCAGUCAUCUCGAUCACAUUCGGCGCAACUGCUUUAGGAUAAUGAGUGGCCCAAAUCGGUCAUAUAAUGGCCCUGUUCAUCGGCUGCAGGCCCUACGCUCCAAGAACCUUAUGCCCAGCAACAUGGACGAGGACCAGUACUUUGUUGCUGCCAUCAUCGCGCUCGCCCAGCAAGCAGUCUAUGCUGACGUACAAUCUCGGAGGACGCUUUUCAUGCCCAGAGACGUCGAAGUCCGCGUCAUCACAGUUUCUGAGGAGGAAGAGUGCUUCAUCGUCUACUCUACGGUCGUGCCCGCUGCACGCAUAGAGAUGUUCGAUGAACCCAAUAAGGCACCCAAAAACCCUGCAGACAUCCACAUCAAGCACACUCGGGUACCGGUAUGGCCCGUACUUGGUCUGAAAGAGCGCCUUGGUCAUGUGCUAGGUCGGGACGUGGUUGGUGACUUCAAAGAAAACGGCAUGGACACGUACGAAGAUGAGCUCACGCCCGUCCCCGAGACACCAUCGCCCAAACGGCGGCGCGAAGUUCUGUCAGAAGUUCUGAACGUGAGCUUUUCAGAAGAUCGCGACGCAAGCAGUCCUGAUCACAACGACAACAUGGUGAAACGCCGGCGACUGGAAGAGGGAAGAGUUGGGCUCGUCCGAUGA